AUGAAAUUUAUCUUAUGUUUAAGUUUAAUUUACUGUUCUUCACCGCUUCAAACACCAAUUUUUAAAAAGAAAAAUAACAAAUUCACAGCAGAAUUACCUUUUUCGAGAGGUGUAGAUGUAAAAAGCUAUGAGAUUAUGGUAGGAAGCUUAUCUGCAAAAGAAACAGAUUUUACUACGUUGGAUAAGAAAAGAGAUCAGCACGGGAUACGUGAAAGUAUUAAAGUACGAUUAGAUGCUAUAAAAAAUAAAGAUGAUUCCCAUUUAUAUGCUAUAAGUGUAGAAGAGUUAAUAGGUAAAAAAAGUAAGAAGUGGUAUUCAGAAACAUUUAGAUUUGAUUCUAGAAAGAAGCAGUGGGUAUUAUCGCGUACAUAUGAAGAAGAUCCUUGGUAUAUUAAACAUAAAAUGUAUGUUAUAGGUGCAUCAAGUGUAUGUGCUGUAGGAUUAGUAGGAUUUAUACUUGCUAGCUAUCUUAAAAAAAAGAAUGAAGAGAGUGAUUUGUAA